GCCCCGGCAACGAGCGGGGAAACGGCCAGCGUAGGUGUAGCUCUAUCCGGGAGGGUCGCAGUGGGCCGGGCUGGGCUCGGUUGGGGCAUGCUGCAGCUCGGGCUGGGACAGCCUUCGAAAAUUCCGGGGCGCAGAGAAACAUGGCACUCCCCACGCUGCCCUCCUCCUGGUGCAGCCGGAGGCUCCCGGAUCAGCAGGCCGCACGACAGCGACGCCGGGAGCAGGAGGCCCAGCUUCGGCAGCAGUGGGAUCAGAACAGCCGCUACUUCAAGGUGUCUGACGUCUGCAGCUCCAAGCAGGCAGAAUGGAGCUCCAAGGCCUCCUACCAGAGGAGCAUGCACGCCUACCAGCGGGAGAAGAUGAAGGAGGAGGGGAGGAAGCGUCUGGAGGCCCGACGGCAGAGACUCAGGCAGCUUCUGGCGGAGGAGCAGGACCUGCUGGCCAGAGAACUGGAGGAGCUGAGGCUGAGCAUGAACUCGAGGGAAAGAAGAAUCCGGGAGCAGCACGGGAAUCUGAAGUCAGCCCGAGAGGAGCAAAGGAAACUGAUUGCUGAACAGCUUUUGUAUGAACACUGGAAAAAGAACAACCCCAAACUUCGAGAGAUUGAAUUGGAACUUCACAAGAAACAUGUGAUAAACUCUUGGGAAACACAGAAAGAGGAAAAAAAACAGCAAGAAGCCGCCGAAGGGGAAAAGGAAAAACGGUAUGAAAAUGAAUAUGAAACAGCCCGACGGGAAGCGCUGGAACGGAUGAAAGCAGAAGAGGAGAGGAGGCAACUGGAGGGUAAACUGCAGGCAGACGCGCUGCGCCAGCAGAUGGAGGAGCUGAAGGUGAAGGAGAUGGAGGCCACCAAACUAAAGAAGGAGCAGGAGAAUCUGCUGAAGCAGCGCUGGGAGCUGGAGAGGCUGGAGGAAGAGAGGAAGCAGAUGGCAGCCUUGUGGCAGAAGGCGGAGCUGGGACGCUUUUUGAGACAUCAGUAUAACGUGCAGCUCAAUAGACGUACACAGCAGAUCCAAGAGGAACUGGAGGCAGACAGGCGCAUCCUGCAGGCGCUGCUGGAGGAGGAGGACGAGAACCAGCGCGCGCACCUGGCCCGGAGGGAGCAGGCCCAGGCCGACGUGGCCUGGAUGAAACGGGUCAUCGAGGAGCAGCUGCAACUGGAGAGGGCGCGGGAGGCGGAGCUGCAGAUGCUGUUGAGGGAGGAGGCUAAGGAAAUGUGGGAAAAGAGAGAGGCAGAGUGGGCCCGCGAGAGGAGUGCUCGAGACCGGCUGAUGAGCGAGGUUCUGACAGGGAGACGACAACAAAUACAGGAAAAGAUUGAACAAAACCGACGGGAGCAAGAGGAAUCCCUGAGGCACAGAGAGCAACUUAUUCGAGAUCUUGAGGAGGCAAGAGAGUCCGCUCAUCGUGAGAAAGAGGAGAGCGAAGAACUGAAAUUGGCCAGGAAGCAGGAGCUGGAAGCCCAGGUUGCAGAGCGCCAGCUGCAGGCGUGGGAAGCGGACCAGCAGGAGGAGGAGGAGGAAGAAGAGGCGAGGCAGGCAGAGCAGCUCACAGACGCCCUGCUGCGGCAGGAGGCGAAGAUGAUGGCCGAGCAGGGCUACCGGCCCCAGCCUUAUGGACAUCCCAGAAUCGCUUGGAACUGACUCUGUUGGUACUGUAAACACAGAGAGCGAGGUUGGUGAGGCCUCUGACGUGCCGCCGCCAGACCGUUUUACGUGUUCUGUUCCAGCGUUCGGGUCACUGUAAAAUAGUUAAGCGAGCCUGUUCAGUCCCACGAUUAAACAGAGAGGGUCUGGCCAGACUUUAAGCUCUGAUGGAUUUGCAGCAUGCAGCAGGAAGCCCUUUCCUGCCUUUCUUAUCCUAGAAAGGGGCUUCAUAGCUAACACGUUGUCAGUGCUGUCACAGUCUUGUAAUAUGUUGAUAAACAAUGUAGAUUCUAAAUCAUUGCUAGGAGUUACACAUUGUGUUCCACGACAGGAUACAUGGUUUCCUGUUGUCUCACCCCUAAUUGUCAACCUCCAGUGAGGACUCCAGCUAGAGAUAGAGAAGUUUUUCAGUUUUUAAAAUUGCCAUUUAAAUUUAACUAUUCUACUGAAAACAAAUUUGUGGGUCUUGGUACAGUUUAUUAAUUUCAGGAUUUAUUAAUUUAGUUGUCCCAAAAUGAUCACGUCUUGUUUUAUGGAAGAAAAGAACUAUGAACCCUGAGACAGUCUGAUGUCGUCCAUGGAUGCUUUCUAAAAUGGUGGUGAUAAAUGAGUCUUUCCUCCUUGAAGAAGCAUUUUGGUAGAAUUUCCAUAGAGCAUUGCAUGGGGGCAGGGGGCGAUGAUCCCAACGUGUAUGUAACUGAGCCUCAAAAGGGGACCUCAGAAGGUCACCUGGUUGGCUAACCUUUUGGCAUGACACCUUGGACCUCUAGUGUCUUGGGAAGGGCUCAGCUAUAUGCAGGCUUCUGGGAUUUAUGUGCCCAGAGGAAGGGGCACUGAACCUGAAAAAACAAAAUCAGACUCAACCACAGAUCGGCCAAAAGUCUGUCUUCCCACUGUUCUAUCAAUGUGACAUAGUCCUAGAUUUAUCUCUAUAAAUAGCUGUUAAGUUCCUUGCAGCAAUAAUCAUAUUUUUAUGACUUGUAUUUUUUUCAUGUUCCUCCUCUGAGGUUUCAGUUUUCAUUAUAUUGUGUUCAAGAUUCCAUAUCUCAGUAAAUUACAGCUAAUUACAGGGCUGGGUUCCAGGUUAUUAAAACAGAGUUUAUUAAAAAAUCCCGAGUCUAAGGGCUGCAUUGCCUUUCACUUCCAUUGUGCUGUAAAAACAAAUUGAGCUGCGAACUGCAUCCUUAACCUGUUUUUCAUUUUCUUGUCUUACAUUUCUUUGGCUAUGAUCCCCUGAGCGCCACUUUCAUUAUGUGUGCUCAUAUUUACUUCCCUUCUUUCAGAUGUUCAUUAAUUGUGAAAUAAAGUUCUGGUUCGAGA